AUGUUUCAGUCGUCCGCGCUAAAAAAUUUGAUAAGACCGGCGAAUAACAGACCGGAUCUCAUUGCGUUCAGCGGUGAGGAUGCUGUUGGCGAAUAUAACAAUCAUUUGUUGAUGAUGGGAAUGUUUCCUACAUUGUUUCCCUAUGGGCAAGGUGGUUUUGAAGAUCCGGAUCGACUUGUCCCUCUGAGCUUUCACGGCCAAGCGAAUUUGUAUUUGGAUUUAUCGAAUUGUGAGUUUCGUCAUCAUAACUCGUUUCUAUUUGUUGCUAUGAAUAUGAUACAACGUCGUCAAGCGCAUUUGCAUACUCAUCUUGCUGUAAAAUCGAGUAAUUUUGCAACGACUGCCGUGGAUAUUGAGGGGGUUACUCCGCAGAUCUUGCAUUCUGUAUCUCGUCAUCUGGAAGAGGAGGAACGUGUUUCGGAUUUGACUGCAGAGGAAAGGAAAGUCUUUACGCUAUUAUCUAAGGUCAGAACUAUUUCCGCAAAGAUCACCGGUUCGGAGGCGUCGAAAUUAACGUAUAGAAAUGAAAUCAAGGCUUAUUGUGCUCACUUUAAUAUUCCCCAUGUGUACUUUACCGCCAAUCCUUCUCCGCAAAACAGUCCUAUUUUUCAGGUGAUGUGUGGAGACACUACUGUCAAUUUGGAUGAGCAUUUCCCUCGAAUGGUGGAUUAUGUAUGGCGCUGUGUAUGUCUGGCGGAUGAUCCGGUGGCGGCGCUGGAUUUCUUUAACUUUUCUUGUAAGACGAUGAUGGAAUAUCUAUUUGGAUGGGAUUUCGCUCGCAAGCGUUCGUCUGUCAAGGGGGGUAUUUUAGGACACCUGAAGGCUUUCUAUGGAACAAAUGAA